CCUCCACUGUCAUGGAAGCUGGCACAUAGCUGAACUUUGCCCAAUUAUUACCGUAAUUAAUUAACUAAUUAUUUUUGAUUUACAUGAAAUGUUGCGAAGCCAAACUUGUAGAAACUUUGAGUCUUCACGUCAGUAGGUGAGAUUGUUGGCCAAUUGCGAAAGGAGCUUAUCAUCAUGCUGUUUGUAUUGUUUCUCCUCAUUUUGGCUUCAUGUUGCAUCGGGGAGUCAAAGAGACGAAAUGUCCUUCUAAUAAUUGCUGAUGAUGCGGGUUUUGAGACGGACGUGUAUAACAACUCUGUGGUCCACACCCCACACCUGCACUCUCUAGCCCAGCGUAGCCUGGUGUUCAGCAACGCCUUCACCUCUGUCAGCAGCUGCUCUCCCAGCCGCUCCACCAUCCUUACUGGCCUGCCGCAGCAUCAGAACGGCAUGUACGGCCUUCAUCAGGGUGUUCACCACUUCAAUUCUUUUGAAGGAGUUCAAAGUCUGCCGCUGCUCCUCAGCCAAGCCAACAUACACACAGGUAUAAUUGGGAAGAAACAUGUCGGUCCUGGAUCUGUAUACCCUUUUGAUUUUGCCUACACAGAAGAGAACAGCUCUGUACUCCAGGUGGGGAGGAACAUCACCCGCAUCAAACUACUGGUCCGCAAGUUUUUCCAGGCCCAUAAAGAGGAAGUCUUUGUACAAAGCCAAAAGAAAGAAGAGAAUAAAGACAAUGCAAAAGAUGAAGAGAGGCCAUUUUUUCUUUAUGUUGCCUUUCACGACACCCAUCGAUGUGGGCACUCGCAGCCCCAGUAUGGAGCGUUCUGUGAGAAGUUUGGGAAUGGUGAAAAGGGGAUGGGUAGAAUCCCUGACUGGACACCACAAUAUUACACACCUGAACAAGUGAAGGUUCCUCCAUUUGUGCAGGACACACCAGCAGCACGAGCUGACUUGGCCGCACAAUACACCACGGUUAGCAGGCUGGACCAAGGUAUCGGUUUGGUUCUUCAGGAGCUCAGGGACGCUGGUUAUGAGAACGACACUUUGGUCAUCUACAGCUCAGAUAAUGGCAUCCCCUUUCCGAAUGGCAGAACCAACCUGUAUCGCUCUGGGACUGCAGAGCCCAUGCUGGUUUCCUCUCCAGAACACAGGGAGAGAUGGGGAGACACCAGCCAGGCCUACGUCAGCCUGCUGGACAUCACUCCCACCAUUCUGGACUGGUUCUCUGUUCCCUACCCAUCCUAUAGCCUCCCCGGGAGCCCUGCAGACCCAGUUUACCUCACCGGUCGCUCCUUACUACCAGCUCUGGUCACUGAGCCCAGCAGCUGGCACACCGUCUACGCCAGCCAGUCGCUUCAUGAGGUAACCAUGUACUACCCAACCCGCUCUAUCCACCAGGGGGCGUACCACCUCCUCCACAACCUACACUACCGCAUGCCCUUCCCCAUCGACCAGGACCUGUAUGUGUCUCCCACCUUCCAGGACCUACUGAACCGCACCAGGCUGAGUGAGCCCACACACUGGUUCAAAAGCCUGGAGCAGUAUUACUACAGAGAGCGCUGGGAGCUAUACGACUCCAGUGUGGACCCGCUGGAAACGAGGAACCUGGUAUCAGACCCGUCCUACAGCUCAGUGCUGCAGAGCCUGAGGCAGAGUCUGCAGAAGUGGCAGUGGGAGACAGGGGACCCCUGGGUCUGUGGACCUGACUACGUCCUGGAGGACAAACUGGAGCCGCACUGCAGACCACUCUACAAUGGACUCUGAUGGUACAUUUACUCAUCUUGAUUGACAUGAUGUCCGCGUGCACGGUCACUCCCCUCUUAGGAACGAAAUGACAUUUAUUUGUAUUUCUUUUUUGUAUGUCAGCUGCUUUUAGUACUAAAAAAUAAACAGAACUUAAUUGCCUUAA